AUGGUUCUUACUCGAACGGCAACGGAGAGUAGCGAAAAUGUUUGCUCCACGUUCGGAUCUCGCUAUGUUCGCACUACACUUCCCAAGUAUGAGAUUGGUGAGAGUUCGAUACCGAAAGAAGCUGCGUAUCAGAUCAUAAAAGAUGAGUUGAUGCUUGAUGGUAACCCGAGGCUGAACCUGGCUUCGUUCGUGACGACAUGGAUGGAGCCAGAGUGUGACAAACUCAUCAUGGACUCCAUCAACAAGAACUACGUCGACAUGGACGAGUACCCUGUCACCACCGAGCUCCAGAACCGAUGUGUAAACAUGAUAGCUAGAUUGUUCAACGCGCCUCUUGGCGAAACAGAGACUGCGGUGGGAGUAGGAACGGUUGGAUCUUCAGAAGCCAUCAUGUUAGCUGGAUUGGCCUUCAAAAGGAAUUGGCAGAACAAACGCAAAGCCGAGGGUAAACCCUAUGACAAACCCAACAUUGUCACCGGAGCCAAUGUUCAGGUGUGCUGGGAGAAAUUUGCUCGUUACUUCGAGGUAGAGCUAAAAGAAGUGAAGCUAAGUGAAGGUUACUACGUGAUGGAUCCAGACAAAGCAGCAGAAAUGGUAGACGAGAACACAAUCUGUGUCGCAGCCAUACUUGGGUCCACACUCAACGGUGAGUUCGAAGACGUCAAGCGUCUUAACGACUUGCUGGUCAAGAAGAACGCUGAAACUGGUUGGAACACACCGAUCCACGUGGACGCGGCAAGUGGAGGCUUCAUAGCUCCGUUUAUCUAUCCUGAAUUGGAAUGGGACUUUAGGCUGCCUUUGGUGAAGAGUAUCAAUGUGAGUGGUCAUAAGUACGGAUUGGUCUAUGCUGGUAUUGGUUGGGUCGUGUGGAGGGCACAAGCGGAUUUGCCUGAUGAGCUCAUCUUUCAUAUUAACUAUCUUGGUGCUGACCAACCCACUUUUACCCUCAAUUUCUCCAAGGGAUCGAGCCAAAUUAUUGCUCAAUACUACCAGCUUAUUCGUCUAGGGUUCGAGGGGUACAAGAAUGUGAUGGAAAACUGCAGAGAGAACAUGGUGGUUCUCAAAGAAGGGUUAGAGAAAACAGAGCGUUUCAACAUAGUCUCAAAGGACGAAGGAGUGCCACUCGUUGCCUUCUCUCUCAAGGACCAUAGUUUCCACAACGAGUUCGAGAUCUCCGAGAUGCUUCGCCGUUUCGGCUGGAUCGUCCCGGCUUACACUAUGCCUGCGGAUGCGCAACACAUCACGGUUCUGCGUGUUGUCAUAAGGGAAGAUUUCUCAAGAACACUCGCAGAGCGACUUGUGGCGGAUAUUGUGAAGGUGCUUCAUGAGCUAGAUACCUUGCCUUCCAAGAUAUCUAGGAAGAUGGGAACAGAAGGACUGUUGGGAGAUGGGAAAGCGAAGAAGGUAGAGAGGGAGAUACUCAUGGAAGUUAUUGUUGGGUGGAGGAAGUUUGUCACGGACAGGAAGAAGAUGAAUGGUGUGUGUUAA